AUGAUGAAGAAGCCGCGAGACGCUCCGAAGCACUCCUCGAGUAGCCGAGAAGCGACGCAGCGGCGAGAAGAAGUGGCGCGGAAUAGCCAAGACGAGAGGCCCGACAACGACGACGACGACGACGAUGACACUCCUAGGAAAGAAGGCGGGGGGGGCGGGGGCAACCGGCACGAGACGAAUGCUCCGAAGGAGAGGGCGCAAGAGAGCGGUGCCAACGGCGGCGGCGGGGGCGGCCAUCCCGGGAAUAUCAGCGGCAACGUCGGCGCCGCUGCCGCGGGGGCCGCGCUGGCGGAGCUUCGGGGAACCGACGAGCGGGGGGGGGGGGGAGCCGAAGUUGUCGUUGCUGUCGCCGGCGAUGUCGCCGAUGAGGACCAGGAGGGGGAGGAGGUGGUGGAGGAGGAGGAGGCGGCGGCCGAGGAGUGCAAGGCUACCGGGCCGUGCGUGUGGUGCGAGAAGGAUGAGGUCAACCUGGAGUACUGCAGGGAGACGGGCCGGCGGGAGGAGGUGCGGUGUACUGUCCAGGGCGCGGAACAGAACAUGGCCGCGGGAGGCGCAGGGGGGGCGGUCGGCGUGCUGCCGAGUUCGGUCAAGUACCGUUCUUGCGCUUACGCAGAGGAAGACGACUUCCUAGGGCUCUUCCACUUUUGGAUCGUGAUGGUGGCGGUGGCAGUGUCGGCUUGUUCCUGCAUGAGAAAACGGAAGAAAAAGGUUGGCUCGCUGUACGACGAACGGCGGGCCUAGUGACGGAGGUUGCGCCCCAGCCCAUCGUCUCGGUCGGGUGUUAUUCACGCCCCAACGUGUGGAGAUGCCACCCGCGUGGACCGCCUGCAUCCGGCCGUGUUCGCCGCCGGCAUGGACGGUGACACCGCGAUGCCAAUCUCUCCAAGGCGAUUUCACGCGAUAGGGAACGUCACUGCUGUUGUGCUUGUAUCACCAAUUGUAUCACGGCGAGCGGUGGCGCCGAGGGUGCGGAUGAACCGAAAACCGGCGCUCUUUAACGGUAGUCCUUGUAGAGAACCGGGUGCAGGGAGGGCGUUUCACUUUUCCUCGAGGGUAUUUCGGCGUUCGCCACUAUGUUGCAGUGUGGUCUGCCUCUGGCGGGGUUUUAGUGUCGCUGUGCUCUCGCCGGUGUUCGUGCGUGGUUUUUUAUCAUCCGACGCGUGCACCAACUGAAAUUUCAGGUCUUUCGGUCUUGAAAACGCGUUGCGUGCACUGCGAUCUGUCCGGGUAUGCGGGUAGGUGAGUUGUUGCUGGCUCAUCGAACAACACUGGUAUGCGAUGGGCUAGGAUGCAGGGGGCGCACUUUUCUCCACGGAAACCGGUAGAAACUUUGUAUCUACAUACGUGUGGCAUUAAUUGAAAGUGGUGAGUUAUCCACUGCUUUUCCUUCCGGUCCACCAACAGUGCGAUCCAUAUCUAGUGCGGCAUUUCCUUUGUUUGCGGAUGCCUUCAAAAGGGGACGAGUACGUGGGAGAGACCAAGGAGAAGCAGCAGCAGCAUGGCAUGCGCGCUUUUGUUGGUGACCUGAUAUCUAAUGUUGUAUGUGUAGUUUUUUUAACGAUUUUGACGAAAUGAGUAUGGAGCCGAUUGGGUUGGUUAAUGGACGCAGGCACGUUCAGGCCGGGUCUUCGAUGGUGAUACAUGCGUUAGGCUGCCG